CAACGAUGGGUGGGCGGGACAGGCAACUUCCAACCCAUCCUGCAACACAGCGUUAACAGAGAAAAGAGCAGCCAACAACACGACACACAGCAACCAAUUACUACCACUUCCCAGGACCAGGAAGACGAACAACACGCAGCAAGAUGGGUGUCAUGGAAAAAAUCAAGGAAAUCGAGGCCGAAAUGGCCCGGACCCAAAAGAACAAGGCGACGAACUAUCACCUAGGUACCCUCAAGGCCAAGCUCGCUAGGCUCCGAAACGAGCUCUUUGUGGAGCAAUCGGGCGGAAGCGGAGGAAGCUCCGGAGAGGGUUUCGACGUCGCACGAAACGGUGACGCCCGGGUGGCCCUGAUCGGGUUUCCCUCCGUCGGAAAAUCCACCCUCCUGGGCGCCCUGACGGCAACCGAGUCCGAGGCGGCUGCCUACGAGUUUACGACCCUGACGUGCAUCCCCGGUGUGAUGCGGUACAAGGGGAGCAAGGUGCAGGUUCUGGAUCUCCCCGGUAUCAUUGAGGGCGCCGCCCACGGAGCGGGAAGGGGAAAGGAGGUCAUUGCCGUGGCCCGGAACGCCGACGCGAUCCUGAUCGUCCUGGACGCCGGAAAGGAGGGCCUCAACCGCCACCGCGAGAUUCUGGAGCGGGAGCUAGAGACCGUCGGGAUCCGUCUCAACCAGCGCCCGCCGGACGUGAAGAUCAGCAAGCGAAAAAUGGGGGGCGGCAUACGGUUUUCGAGCACGGUGCCCCAGACGAAACUCGGCCCGGAACCCGAAAAGGUCGUCACGCAGAUUCUCCGCGAGUACAAGAUCAUCAGUGCCGACGUGCUGGCGAGGGAAGAAAUCACGGUCGACCAGCUGGUGGACGUCGCCCUCGGCAACCGCGAGUACAAGCCGGCCCUGUACCUGUACAACAAGAUCGAUACCAUCACGAUCGAGGAAGUCGAUCAGCUGGCGCGCCAGCCCCAUUCGAUCGUCGGAAGCGUCAACAAAAAGUGGAACAUCGGCCAGCCCCUGGAAGACGACGCAUUGAAGCAAAAAAUGUGGGAGUACCUGGGUUUGACUCGAAUUUAUACCAAACGAAAGGGGUCGCCCCCGGACCUCGAAGAACGUAAGUAACACCGACUGCUCUUGGCUAGGCUAGUCUCGAUCCGACGAGGCGAGACAAAGCGGGAUCCGAUCCGACCAGGCCAGAGCUGGCUCGAUCCGACGCGACGCGAUGCAACGCGACGGAAUCCGAUUAUAUCCGGCCAGUACUCUCUCGAAACCUUUCGUUCGCUCGAUCCGACUCCCUUGCUCACGCACCCUGCCCCCCGUUCGUUCGUUCGUUCGCUCGCUCUGUUUCUGCCGCUCCCGCUCCAGCCGUUGUGCUGUCGGACAUCCGAAAGGGAACCACCGUCAGGUCCCUCUGCGCCAACAUCUCCACCCAGAUGCUCCGGGACUUCAAUUACGCUCUUGUGUGGGGCAAGAGCGCCGUGCACGCGCCGCAGCGGUGCGGCCUCACGCACAGGCUGGACGACGAGGACGUGGUCCAGAUCGUGACCAAGACGAUCAAGCAGCAGCAGAACUCGUCGAGCUACGCGAUGCUUGCGCAAGAGUACCAAGACAAGCACUCGAAAAAGAGGCUGGAGGCCAAGAAGCAAAAGCAGAAGAGGCUGCGUGGUUGAGUCGCACCGCGUUGCGUCACGUCUUGGUUCCACGAAAGCAAACCGUUGGUCCGGACUCUGUGCCGUGU